GGCCCUCACUUCCCCUUUCUGCACAGGGCAGGCCGGGUGCCACAGAGUCUGAGCAGCUCUCUCUGUGGCUCCUGAAGCAAACAUGGACCAAGACACAAUGGGCAACAUCGUCCUGCUUGCCAUCGUCACCCUCAUCAGCGUGGUCCAGAAUGGCUUCUUUGCCCAUAAAGUGGAGCAUGAGAGCAAGAUCCAGAAUGGGCGGAGCUUCCAGAGAACUGGCACACUGGCCUUUGAGAGAGUCUACACUGCCAAUCAGAACUGUGUAGAUGCGUACCCCACGUUCCUGGUUGUGCUCUGGAGUGCUGGGCUCCUCUGCAGUCAAGUUCCUGCCGCCUUCGCUGGACUCAUGUACUUGUUCGUGAGGCAAAAGUACUUUAUCGGCUAUCUGGGAGAGAGAACUCAGAGCACACCUGGCUACAUUUUUGGGAAGCGCAUCAUACUGUUCCUGUUCCUCAUGUCCCUUGCUGGAAUUUUCAACUAUUACCUCAUCCUCUUUUUCGGAAGUGACUUUGAAAACUACAUCAAGACCAUAACCACCACCAUCUCCCCUCUGCUGCUCAUCCCCUAGCUCUCUGCUGAAUGCAGGGUUGGCGCUCUCAUCCAGUCGAUGGCUACGAGUCACCAUAACUCAACCCUUUAAAGGCUGCAGUGUCUCCUUAGAUAGCUGUAAAUCUAAUGGCCAGCUGGGCUUGCCAGCUUGAGUUAACCUUGCUUUUCCUGGAAGAAAAAGGCUUCGUGUCAGCUCCACCCCUGGAACAUAGCCGCGGCCCCUGAUUUACGACUCAGAUCUGUUUCGUACAUUUCUUGACUUACCCUGCUUCCUGAAGCUGUACUGUGACCAGUUUUACAUUCCCCUACAAUAAAGUGCAGAAACAUG